UGUUGAUCACAGCAAUGGCAGCUGGGCCAGCUUGUGUUGACUUAUUUUUUAGGAUUAAUAAGAAGAAGUUUGUGCCAUGCUUAAUCAAUGUGUCACUGGCAUUUUUCUUGUUUUCUUUCCAAGUUCAUGAAAAAUCUAUUUUGCUAGUGGCAAUACCUGUUGCUCUACAUUUACCUGAAGAUCCAUUCAUGUGUUUCUGGUUUUUGUUAGUGUCUAGCUUUAGUAUGCUUCCCUUGUUGGUAAAAGAUGGUCUGUUUAUCCCUUUUAUUGCUACCAACCUCAUUUAUACCUCAUUUUACAGUAUCUGCUUGCGGUUGUCUCAGCCAAAUUCUGGCUACUUUUCUAUCUUCAAUGCAAACCGUGUUGCUAAGACUGUUCAACCAAAUAAGAAGGAUAGUUCACCGUUGUUGAGUUUCUUGAGCCUGAUAUUCUUCAUAUCUGUAAUUGGGAUGAUCUUAUUGACUAUAGGGACAGUGUUUGUAGAGCCUCCACCACAGUACCCUGAUAUUUUCCCAUUGUUAGUUUCCGCAUAUUCAUGUGGGCAUUUCCUUUUCUUUUUCUUCUACUUCUACUACCAACAGUUUUCCCUGCCUGUUUGCUUGCCAGCGGUAACAAAAGUCAAAAGAAAGUAAUGUGAUAGUUAAUACCGAGUUAAAGUUACCUAUUUUAAGUCUCAACAGAUUUUAACAUACAUGUUUUAAAAUUGUUAUAUUCUAGUGAUUUUUCAUGUUAAGUGUACAGUUGCUGCUUAUAAAAUUAGAUGUGAGUUGCUAAAUUAAGUAAACUAAUUUUAUGUUAUCUAUUAAUUGUUGUAAGUAGUGUUUUUAUUUUAUUCUAAAUUACAUUCCCAAUAAAGGUACUGAUGAAUUUGUAGAUUGCA